UAAAGCGCAGCCACUUGUCACUCCUUCCACAGCUUCUUCUAACGCUUCCCCUUCCCAGCCGCCACCAAACAAAGCAACGUCAGGCUGAAGUCUUGAUCUGAACAAGUCGAGCACAACAGCUCGUUGACUGACUCACAUGUGCGUUGAGCAGCGCCCGCCUCUUCACUGUGACCUGUAGUCAUGUCUUCGCCCGUUCGCGUGCCACUCAUACUGCUGGCCGUAGCCAUGGCGGUCCUCCUUCACACGACCACGGCGGACCUCCUGCUCCGGCCAGAGCGCGUGCCUAAAGCGCAGUUCCGCAUUCGCUGCAACUUCAGCCACGCGCUGAAGGACGACCCCAUCGUCUUCCCCGGGCAGCCCGGAAAGUCGCACCUGCACGACUUCCUCGGCAGCAAGAUCACCGACGCCCACACCACCGAUGCUCGGAAGCUGGUGGGCAGCAAGACGACGUGCGGGUUGAAGGCGGACUCGGCGGCGUACUGGUUCCCGUCCAUGUUCAUGCGCACCAACGAGAAGAACGCCCAGGGCCAAUACGUCUACAAGCACUUGAAGCCCAACUGGACGCUCUUCUACUACCGCACGUCUGUGAAGAACCCCGAAGCCAUCAUGCCCUUCCCGCGUGGCUUCCGCAUGAUCACGGGCAACCCUUUCGCAGGCAACAAGCAAGCUAACGACAUGGCGAACGUCGAGUGGUGGUGCGGCGCGCGCGGCAAGCACGGCAACGACUUCCCGCAUCAGAAGUGUCCGGCGGGCGACCAGCUGAUCGGCAAGAUCAACUUCCCCGUGUGCUGGGACGGCAAGAACACAGACAGCGCGGACCACCGCAGCCACGUGGUGCACAUCCCGCUCAACACGACGUGCCCGUCGUCGCACCCGGUGCCGCUGCCACGCAUCAGCAUCAAGGUGUACUACCCCGUGGACACAGACCUCGACCUCACGUGGCCCGACAACGGCAUCAAGGGCAACCCCGCCGUCUACCUGUCCACGGUGCAGAGCGGUGGCACGGGCAGCCCGUUUGAGUACCACAGCGACUUCAUCAACGGGUGGGACCAGAAGGUGCUCGGGCGCCUCGUGCGCAAGUGCAUCAACCGCAACAAGAAGUGCCUCGUGCAGGAAGACAACGUGUAAUGAGCCGGUGGCAGGAAGGCUGCAUGGUGGGCAUUGGGGUGUGAGAGCAUGAUGGGAGUUAGGGGGGGGUUGGGCUUGGUGGAGAGCACAGGCGAGGUCACGGAGGUAGUUUGUUAGUCUCUAUUGAAAGUAGAGGGUUAUCGGCGGUGGUAGCUGUAUGCUAGGAUUUCAGCUGUUCAUGUUUUGUGCUUGAUGUAGCGCACUUCGCCCUACAAAGUGGAUUGCGCGAACGCUUGAGAACGUUUCCAAUACGAUUGAACUGAACAUUCUGC